AUGGCCGAUGACAGGUGUUUCGUCGUCGAUUAUUCAUCUCAUACAAAGCUUUAUCUUCUCGCAAGGGAAGAAAUAUACGCACUGAACACUGCAAAGAAAGAAGACGUAAAUCAAUUUACACUGAAAUUAUUUGUAAUGAUGGCUCGUGCGGAUGCUACGAUGCAGUCAAGCAAUAUCGACGCACCCGAAUGA